UCUUACAUCUCAUCAUCCCCCCCUUCCUCUGCUCCCCAAGCUCGUGAUACCAACAGAGAGCAGACACCAAGGUCAGAUACUUAUAGUACACUGUCAUCUUCCACCACGUCAUUCAACUCUACUUGAUUACUAACAAUCGGCCAUUCCCAACAACACCCUUUGUCGAGCAUCACCACCACAAUCACCACCACCAUCACCACCAACAUCGUCUCAUCACACACCCACCAUGACACCCCCCGACCCCCCACCCCCAGCACGCCACCACGUGCGUCUAGCAACAGCAAGCCCCGGCUCCCACCCCUCAGGCCUAACAAGCACCAUGCAACACCUCGCCGCCCUCACCCGCCGCGCCGCCGCCCUGCACGCCGACCUGCUCCUCCUCCCGGAAGCCUUCCUGGGCGGCUACCCGCGGGGCUCGGGCUUCGGCACCGUGGUAGGCGACCGCACCGCCGCCGGGAGGGAGGAGUUCCGCCACUACUUCAAGGGCGCCGUCGACCUGGGCGACCUUGUCGGCGAGGCGGGCGCCGGGGGCGGGGUCAAGUGGGUGAGGCGCGAACUGAGCCCCGCCGGAAGCCACGACGGCGAGGACGGCCUGGGCGGGGUGCGUGGGGACGGCACGAGGGAGGAGCUGGAAAAGCUGAGUCGCGAGACGGGCGUCUUCCUCGUCGUGGGGCUGAUUGAGCGGGCGGGCGGGAGUUUGUACUGCGCUGUUGUCUAUGUCGAUCCGGUCAGGGGGGUCAUUGGGAAGAGACGCAAGGUGAUGCCCACGGCCUCGGAACGCCUCAUCUGGGCCCAAGGCGCCCCCGCCACCCUCCGCGCCGUGUCCACCACCAUCCGCGGCAUCCGCCUCAACCUCGCCGCCGCCAUCUGCUGGGAGAGCUACAUGCCGCUGGUCCGCCAGGCCCUCUACGCCCAGAACAUCAACCUCUACCUCGCCCCCACCGCCGACGGCCGCGACGCCUGGCUGAGCCUGAUGCGCACCGUCGCCUGCGAGGGCCGCUGCUUCGUCGUCAGCUCCAACAUGGCCGUCCCCAAGAAGAGCGAGAGUGAGCCCACACGAUCCGUUGCCGACUCUGUCCCCGAAAUCGCGAGCCCCGUGGCUGCUUCGUUCCCGCCGCAUCAUGGCCACCGCCGGAGGAAGAGCGUCGUGGUGGAGGAUGGGCAUGAGAUUGUGCUCUGCUGUGAUGAGGAUGGGGGGCAGAAGGAGAAAGAGGGGCAGAAAGAGAAAGAGAGAGAGGAACAGUCACAGUCACAGUCACAGCCACACUCACAGUCACACUCACAGUCACACUCACAGACGCAAGUUCAAGAACAGGACGGGGAAGUGAAUGGUCGCAGCCCCGCCCCCGCUUCUGCAGACUCUGCCAAGACGGAAUGGAGUUCCCGCGGCGGUAGCUGCAUCGUCGGUCCCCUGGGAGACGUCCUCGCCGGUCCCCAGUGGGAAGACGACCAGGGAAUCAUCUGGGCCGACGUCGAUUUCGAGGACUGUGUUCGGGGAAGGCUGGACUUGGACGCCGGCGGCAGUUAUUCUAGGAACGACUCGUUCCGGUUUUCCGUUGAUGGUCUUGAUCUUGAACCCCUGCCGUAUUAUUAGGUGCUAAUGGAGUAGAGCGGAGGCAAAAAAAAACAAAAUUUACGGAGAAACUUGACAGUUCCCAUGUUCCCAUGCCUACAUAAUGUAAUGUAUUCG